AUGAAGCCGCUGAACGGAGAUGAGGUUUCCGCCGGGGAGCGCGGGCUGGACAAGUGGAAGUCGCUCCUGGACCAGAUCCCGCCCACGACGCAGGCCAACAACGACAGAUGCGACUACAACGGCCGCCGCGCUGGCCAGGCGCCCUCGCCCAGAGAGUUCGACGACGCCGCCACGCCCACGCUGCGCAGGCAGAGGAUCCUCGCGCAGAUCGAGGCUGUCGACUCGUUCUACCGCUACACCUCCGGCGCCAUCUUCGCCUGA